AGUUUGUAUCAAUUAUUGGGAUUCCAUUACGUAUUGAUCAAAACAACUGCUUACAAGCUUUGUACAUGAAGAGCAUGAAACUGUUACUUUUGCAAUUAUUAUUCUUUGGAGUUUACAGCAAACCCGCUACAAAAGUAAUUCUAGAUGCAUCUGAUAAAACCUGUCCUCCCUGCAAUGAAGAAUGCCCAACUUUAGACAAAUGUGAAUUUGGAACAAUAAAAGAAAAAUGUGGUUGCUGUAAGGUUUGCAUUCGAAAUGAAGGAGAUAUUUGUGGUGGAAUUAAUGAAAUUUAUGGAAUUUGCAAAGAAGGCUUAGUUUGUAAAGUUCGACAUCCGUUUUCUCUUAAAAAUUUAAAUCUAGAGAUGUCAGAUAAAAUAGGGCGCUGUGAGACAGAGCUUUGCAGCAGUACAACAUGCGGAAGGCAUCAGUGGUGUAAGGUUGAUAAUGAGUUACCAACAUGUUAUUGCAGAAAUGACUGUGAAUCGGAUGAAGAAAAGUUGUGUGAUAAUGAUGGUAAUAAGUAUAAAAACAUAUGUGAACUGCGCAGUAAAGAAUGUAAACUCCAACAAAAAAUUCCGCACUUUUCAUGCAAAGAUUGCCAACGUACUGCAGAAAGUAAAUUAGAAACAAUUGAGUCUGGUGUUGUUCUAAACACAUCCAGGAUGUGUGAAAAAGAAGAAUGUGUAAAUGGGGUAUUUAAAGUAUCAUUAGACAGUACUUGUUUAAAGGCAGAAGGUUUUACUUGUUCGGAAGGUUCAAACAUUCAUCAGGAUAUCACCUGCCCAGUAGGAUAUUACUGUAAUAUAACAAAAUUAGAGCUUAACCCUGAGUAUGGAUAUCCAAAUCUUGGACAAUGUUCUGCAAUUGAUAGCUCUGAAGUUUGUAAACUUGCACCAGAUACUGGUGCUUGCUACGCUUAUUUUCCAAGAUGGCAUUUUGACAUUUCUACUGGUACUUGCAAAGAGUUUAUUUAUGGUGGUUGCCAGGGUAACAAAAAUAAUUUCAAGUCAAAAGAUGAAUGUCUUAGAUUGUGUGGAGAUAGAGAUAAGCCUUUAGCAGCAAUGCCAAUGAAUGCAUUUCCUUUUGUGGGUAUGCCAAUGUUUCCUUUUGCUGGCAAAGUCCAGGAAAGACCAAUGAGUGAUAAAUCAAUGACCAUAAGUGGAUUAGUUAUUUUACCACAAACCAUCCAAAUUCCUCCAAAAUCGUGUUUAGUUGUUCAUUUCCAAGAUGUCACUUUAGCAGAUGUUGCAUCCCGGAUUAUAGCUACUCAAAUUGUACAUUUUUCUGAGGUCACCACUAAAGAUGUAAUUGAUUAUAAGAUUAAUAGUAAGAUGCCCUUACCAGAAGAUAUCGGUAGAAUAUACUCUGUUAGAGCAUUUCUAAACAUUGGUUGGUGCAGCAGAACAGUAGAUGAUGGUAGAUCUAUUCAAAAGAAAGAUUAUCUUUCAGAUGAGAGAACCACAGUUAUGUUAAGUAAUGACAAAGAUGAAUAUAUAAAAGAUAUUACUAUAAAAUGUUAUGACUGUGAUAAAACAGAUUUGCUUACUGAUAUACAAAUGGGAUUUCCAAUGGAAGAACCUGAAUUUGAACUAGAAAAGAAAGAAGAAUCUGAUUUUAGUGGUGAUGAUGAUACGGAUUCCAAAUUUUCUUAUGAUGGACCUCAAAUGAGCAGCACUGUGAUAGAAAUAAGAGGUUCAGUUAAAUUCUCUAAUAUCAUUGAAAGCGUAUUAAAAAAAGAUUCUUGCCUUUGGAUCUCUUUGAGUGAUGUCACAUUACAAGACGCAAAAUCUAUAACUCUUUCUUCAACAUUUAUGGACAUGUCGUUCUACAAAGUAGGUAAAAGUAUUCAAUAUGUUCUUCAGUCUAUGAAACCGAUGAAUGAAGAAUUGAGUCGUACUUAUGUGGUUCAAGCUGUCUUAAAUAACGGAUGGUGUUAUAAAAAAGGUUCAGAUAAAUGGCUCAAAAAAGGGGAUUUUUUAAAUACAGUAACCCACACUAUUAAUCUAAAUAAGGAAUCAAACAGCUAUAAUUUAGAUGUUAACGUAAUAUGCUAUGAAUGUGAAACCAAAGAAGAUUUAUCAUCGGCCUCAAAAUCUCUAAAUAAUGGUAAUGAAAUGAUGUGGGUAAAUGGUACAUUAUUCUUUCCUGAUGUACCUAAAGUCAAUGCAUCGUCUUGCUUGAUAGUUUCAUUCAGAGAUGUUUCUAUUGCUGAUUAUAAGUCAAAAACUCUCGCCAUGCUUGUGUUAAGCAUAUCACAAUUUAAAGACAAAGAAUAUAACUAUGUUCUCCAGAUAAAAAAGCCAUCCGAUUUAUCUGGACGUUUUAGUGUACAUGCAGUACUAAAUGUAAACUGGUGCUCGUCAGAUUCAUCUCAAAAAUGGAUUGAAAAAGGAGACUACUUGACAGUUACUUCUUACCAAGUUGAUCUUAAAGAAAAUACAAACACUUAUAGCCAAGAUGUGCACCUAAUUUGUUACAGCUGUAUAUCAAGUUCUCAGAAAGAAGAUAGCAAAAAGUUUUGCCUGGAUAAAAAAAAUAACAUAACUCGCAAACACGAUGAAACAUGGCUAGCUGAUCCAUGUACUACAUGUGUGUGUGAUGAUGGAUUUACAGCCUGUGCAAUUAAAAGUUGUGUGUCUAACUGCCCUACACCAAUUCCAAAACCAGGAGAAUGUUGUUCUCAAUGCUCAAGUACAUGUUUAUAUGAAAAUAAAUUUUACAAUGAAGGAGAUGAAUGGUCCCCAGAUUCAUGUACUAAAUGCAAUUGCAUUAAUGGGGAGAAAUUAUGCUCAGUUGUUGAUUGUCUACCAGAUAGCAUGUUGCCGUGCAAAAAUCCUGUUUUGAUAGAAGGUAAUUGUUGCAGAUCAUGCCCUAUACUGAUGUCAUCACCAGUAAAACAAGAAUGUUUCUAUGAACAAACAAACAAAACUUAUCAAGAUGGUGAUGAGUGGACUUCGCCAGAUUUUUGCGCUUCAUGUGUUUGUGACAAAGGUAAUACCAUGUGUGCAACACCAAUGUGUGCUUUACCUCCGUGCUCAGAAGAUAAGAUAAUUAAUAUUCCAGGCAGAUGUUGCCCUAUUUGUCCUGAGACAAAUGUUUGUAAAGACCUUAACACCAAUCGAGCAUAUACUGAGGGAGAAAUAUGGCAAAAUUCAGAUUGUAAUGUUUGUAGAUGUACUUCAAAUGACACAGUUUGUGAAAAACCAUUAGCUGAUUAUGAAAGUUGUGAAAACAAGGUUAAGUUAACAAAAAAUUGUCCUGCAUUCUGCUUUAUUGAAACGGAUAGCAAGCCUAAAUGUGAAGAUAGUAGUAAUUAUUACUCAGUCGGACAAGAAAUAGAAAGAGAUUGCAAUAAAUGUAUAUGUGUUGAGCAAGGCAAAUGGGAAUGUACUAAACGUAGUUGUCCUAUAAUGAUAGAGGGCUUACCAUCUGGAGCAACAGAUGAAGCUGAAGUAGCAGAUGAUGGUCCAUGAACUUUCAUUACAGUUUUUUAAUUGUUAAGUAUAUAAAUUAUUAUCGUGUUUUUUCUCCAUUUUUAUUUGUAUUGCCUUAUAAUUUAUGUUUUAUUAAAUAUUGUUUAAUAUAUAUUUUGCACUUUUAUAUAUUGCUAAAGUGAUGUUUUUAAAAUUUUUUAGAUUUUUUUAAUAUAUAUUAUAAAUAAUUAUUUUAAUAUACAAUACAUAGUAAAGAUUUUAUGAAUAAAUGACAUACAU